CGUGUGCGUGUGUGCGCGUGUAUUUGAUUGUGUGAUUUCGCGCGCUUUUGUGUCGCCUGUUUUUACUGUUUAUCUUGGCCACUGCCUUAGCCCCGGCUCGAACAAAGGCAGCUGAGCGGCAGCGUGAAAAAGGACGUCCCGUGGCCAUCCAGGAUUUCAACUGCGUGCUAUUUGCGGGCAUAUUGAUCAACUGUUGGCAAUUAAAUUCAAUUACAGCUUUAAUUAGGCAUUUUAUGGCUAACAGACAACAAAAGCUCAUCACGAUUUAAACCAGAGAACGGCACGGGCGCAUAAACAUAAACCUAAGCGGAUCACAAAGAGCAGGCAAUUCUAAUAUUUGAAGUUUUCUGCUGGGAGCACAACUAGAUUCGCCGGAGGUUGAGCCAAACGGAAACAAAGCAAAUACAACAAGAUGGCGGGCGGCGGCAGGACUGCCGGCAAAUACGGUUAUUCAGACAACAAUUAUUACAGCAGUCACUCCUACAAGAGUAUCAACGACGAAAUCAUACUGGUCAGCAUCAUAAUGGGCAUUACGAUUCUCGUGCUGAUUACCAUUGCGCUGUGCUACAUUGCGUAUGAGAAAUGCCACAAGAAGCGUGAAUAUUUUAUCAAUGCCUAACGGGUGCCCGCCACAGCCACAGCCACAGCAACAACAACAACAACAACAGCUGGAACUAAAAGAAUAAGAACACUAAAAAAAAGGAACGACACACAAAGGGGAAAAUGGCAAGGUCAAAUGUCAACUGUGCUGCUGCUGCUGCAACUGCAACAAUGUUGACGUUGACGAUUAAGUUGGCCAACGCGAACGCUUGUUUUCAAGCCAACCGUGUUUGGCCCCAGCUUACACUACACACACACACACACACACACACACACACACACUCAUACAGACCUUAUACUCGCACGUACACUAAAAAAUGCUGAAAUUUUGCGAAGCAUUUUCCCAUUUUCUUACAUAUGCAUUGUGUGUAUCAUUUCUUUUUUUUUUUUGGGUAUUCAUUGGAUUUCCCUCGAUUUCGAGUGCAGCCGAAACAGCGCAAAAUGGCGCGCUCCCAAAUUGGCAUAAAUAUACAUAUAGAUAUAUAAGUAUAUAGGUAUAUAGCUUAUUCCAGUGUGCAGCAAGCACAGUGUUGCAAAAUGAUUUACAAUUGA